AUGAAUAAAGUACUUGAGGAAUCAAGGUCGGCUGCUCAAAAACGAGAAGAUGAAGAUUUCGAAAAAGCAAAAGAACGAAGUCUUGAAGAAAUGAAGACGACGCAGACUUACGAUGUGUCAUCAAUGCAAGAUCAUGGAUCAAGUCACGACCAGGAAACCAACAAACGUCGCUGGUCAUCAACAUGGGAUGAUCCAGAAAAUCCUACGGAUCGUACUAGAGUAGAUGAUACUCCACUCGGUCUCAGACCUAUAGAGCGUUUAUACUUUCCAACAUCUGUUAUUCAAGCGCUGUUCCAUGUCCCAGUGUUAAGACUAGCCGUGCUAGCCUUCCGACCAACCAGAGAAGACUGGGGCGACACGACUGAUUAUUGGAGAGGAAUGUCUUCCAGAUUAUCAGGCGUUGGGUAUGAGUUAACUGACCAUCAAGAAAAUGGAAAGCGACGACGGGAAUGUCUGAGAUUUAUGCAUGAAUUGCAAAAGCUCUUCGCUUUCUUGCAAUUAAGUAAACGCGCCUACGGAAGUGGAUUACAUGUGUACGAAGCAUUGAAAUUUGACGAUAGCAGUUAUGUGACUUCUGAUGUAGUGUCAAGCGGACCUGAUUUCAUCAGUAAGAUUCUCGAGAAAAUGGUCGAGGCCUCCAAAUACCAACAGCCUUUAGAAGAAGUGUCGGAUAUUCCAGAAGAGUGCCAACCAUUUAUAUUACCGUUUCCCACGCUUCUGAAAUCUCGCGCGACUGAAACAGGCUGGGCGAACGAAGAGAUGUAUUACGGAGGAUAUCAGUCGAGAGAAUGUACAAAUAUGAUAUCCUUUCUUGUCCUACAGAAUUCCGUUUACGCAGCUCUCGACGAUAUAAUGUUUCAUGGUCACAAGAAAAUCGCCUUCACCAAUCUCACCAAAGUAUUGUUCAUAAACAUAAAGAGAUCCAACACAGGCUAUUCAUCAUAUGGGUGGAACGAUCCUUUUCAAAUUCAUAAAACUAUGUAUAUGGAUCGAUACAUGAUACAUAAUAGAGCAGAGGUGGAGACAAUACUGGAGUCGGCUGAGCACUUGAAGAGGAAUUUCGAAAGAUUAGAGGCUGAAAUCGACAAGAUUAAUAAAAGCAAUAACUCAUGUAGUGGAUUAGAAUUACUUCGACUAUCGAUUGACUAUUACAGACAGAAACAAGCAUCAAAGCCUCCGAAUGAGCUUGACUUUAAUGAUGACGAUGCGAAAGUGAUCACAUUCUUACAGGAAACUUUAAAUUUCAUGGAGCAACGGUUAAAAGAACUGGAGGAGAGGGUAGAAAAAAUAAAGGAUCAACUCGAGCAUGCGUUUGACUUGGAAGAAUUCCGUAAAGUUGAAUAUCAUCUUAAAGCUGUUCUUGUUAGUGAUAGUAUUAGACAAGGACAUACAUGGGCUUACAUAUGGGUUCCUGCUGAGAGCAUGGAGGAUGAUUUAAUUAUGGAUCUUGACGAGAAGAACGGGUGUUGGUACAAAUUUUGUGAAGUUGAUGUUCAAAAGGUUACCGAAGAUGUUGUGCUCUCUGCAACAACGAAUACGUGGUCUGAUGGCGUAUACGCUCUUGUAUACGCAGCAGCAGACCACGAUUCCAAUCACCUUAAUUCCAGGUUUAUGAAAUCUGUUAUCCCGGAAUCGCUGAAGAAUUUCGUUGAUAAAGACUCGGCAGAGUUAGACGAGGAAUUACAACAAUAUUCGCAGAAGCUAUCUGAGUACGCAUUGAACAUGGAUAACUGGCGCCAAGAUUAUCCAGUCACAAGAAGUAUAGGCAGAGAAUAUACAGACAUGAGACAUACAUUCAUGGGAGGAAAGCAAGCGAGUAAUAUGGAGUCUACGAACCCUGAUAUUCUGAAAAGAUUCGAAAUAUUCUGUGGGAAGUUGGAUAGAAGCGAUAUUGUUGUGAGACUUCUCAAAAACUACUUGGACACAAGUAAACAACGCAGAGAAUACACCGACCCUAUUCCCUUGGAUUCUCGCUAUCAUUCAGACGAGACGAUUCAGCCAUUUGUUUUAGCAUACGAUACGUACAAGAGGAUCACUUCUUGUCUCUGUGAUGGAUUAAGCGAACUGGCAAACAAAUAUUAUGAGGAUGCACUCAAGAUAUUCAUACAAGUGGCGCAAUUGGAUGAUAAAUGGUUACAGGAAUAUAGGGAUAUUAUGGGGAGAGCUUAUGAAUUGGAGAGGGAGGCAGAAAUCUUCAAAUAUGGAAGAGAAUGUUUACUACAAAUGCACAAAAGAUCUCGCGAUCAAGUUCGUUCCCAGGGAUUCGAUGAUGCUUUCAAAGUGAUUUACUAUUUUCAGCUACUUGUCAAAGAUUCAUGGGCAAAAGACAAACUAUACCAGCAAUUCCAGCAUGAUUGGAUACGAUUCCACGAAAAUAACGAAAACAGUCUAGACGAGUACCAGAAUUCUCAAAUACAGGAACUCCUCCAGUGGUAUUCCGAUGGGCUGCCAGAAGACGCGUUUACUAGGUUGGAUAUAACUUUGAAACCAAUAGAUGAAGAUCAACCGAUCGAGGACGUAGACCGCCUUCACACAAGAUACGCGAGACUUUUGAGAGAACUUGGAAAUAUUUAA